CUGAGUGGAAGGAUGGCUCGUACCAAGCAGACAGCUCGCAAGUCCACCGGCGGGAAGGCGCCUCGCAAGCAGCUGGCUACCAAGGCCGCUCGGAAGAGCGCGCCGGCCACCGGGGGCGUCAAGAAGCCUCACCGCUACCGCCCUGGGACGGUCGCCCUCCGGGAGAUCCGCCGCUACCAGAAGUCCACGGAGCUGCUCAUCCGCAAGCUGCCUUUCCAGCGCUUGGUGCGAGAGAUCGCGCAGGAUUUCAAGACCGACCUGCGUUUCCAGAGCUCGGCUGUGAUGGCCUUGCAAGAGGCGAGCGAGGCCUACUUGGUUGGCCUUUUCGAGGACACCAACCUGUGCGCCAUUCACGCCAAGCGGGUCACCAUCAUGCCCAAGGACAUCCAGUUGGCUCGCCGCAUCCGCGGAGAGAGGGCUUAAAAGUCAUUACCGCAGUAGGGCGCUCCUACUUUAGAAAC